AUGACUGACCAAGCCGCUAUUGCCACCGCGAAGGACCUAAUGCACCAAUGGGGGGAAACUGUCAAGUCUAGCAGCGUUAUCUACACGUUCGGAUUUGUAUCCUUUCUGAGACUUUCAGAAGAUUACAGUUCAGGAGGCAGAAGAUCGUAUGACUAUGUCUCUAUGAUCCUUCUUUUCGUCUUGAUGCUUGUUGCGCUCGUCAUUCAGACGGUCAUUCCAAUCGCCAUUGCCCUUGUAAUCCAAGAGGAGAUACCAAGCGUGUGCCCGAACCGGGCUGAUCCUCUGACAAAGUUCAUUGGAUUCUUUCUCUGUAUGUACUUUGUUGUGCUUACAAGCAGCAUGUGCACAGGCAAGGUGAGGGCCCUAGCUUUCUUGAGGCUAUUUUGUAGCCGACAAGGCGACCUUGGCUCCGCACCUCUUUUUCUAGAUCUUGGGAUCCUUGUCAAUGUGGUCUCGAUGGGCGCAGCGGGUACCGCACAGUACCUUCUCUUCAUACGCAACGCCCAAGAUAGAGAUUACGUGACGUUGCUGCUGCAAUCUCUUUCGAUGCAGUUUGUCCUCACGGCGGAUGAGAAAUUGCUGACGCGUUCAUGGGGUGCAUCGACAAAGCAGGGGGUAGAAGCAUUGAUGAAAAGAAGAAAUCGAGAAAUGAAGAAAGAUGAAGAAGGCGAGGGUGUCAUGGCAGAAGAGGAAGUCGUCAUGGACGAGACAAUUCUAAAGAGAGCACGAUUUAUGGGUUUAGCAGAAUCGACAUUUCGAGUGGUUGUUAGCAUUGUAGGCCUUGUUUGGUCUGCACUGUUGACCUACUGCAUGUAA